AUGGAACCAAAAUGUGCGUUAUUGCUAUAUUUAGACGACAGGCGUUACCUACAUAACAUGAAGACUGAAUGUGAAAAUUUCUUAAAUCAAAUGACUGAAAAAGAAUUGUGUAAGUUCCCACCUUUGAGAUGUGUAACAGAGAUUGAUGUCAUGGAUAUGAUAAAUGUAUUCUCUGAUAUUUUUAAUAUAUUAAUUAAAGAACCAAUGAAAUUUCAAAAAAUGUUAAACGACAUUUUAUUUGCUGUGCUUUUGUCUACCGACAACGAAAAGAGGAAUAGUAUAGGAUAUGCUCAAGUCAGUGUUGUGUUGAGGUUUAGAAGUAUGCCUAUACUUGCCCCACCAAACCCUCAUAAUUACGUAGGUUUAGUUAAUUUUGAUGGUCUGUUAAUAUCCUUCUCGAAGCCUGAGAGUUAUGUAUACCAUUCAGUUUGGUCCUGUCCUGAAGAAUGUGAAGGGAAUGAGGUAGUUCUACACUACAUUCCAAAGCACCCGCCAAAAUGCUAUUUAUGCAAAAGUAUUCUGUUCGAAAAUAGCGGCUGGAGGCGAUGUGGAGAGAAGGUGAUUGCAUCAUUCAAAUUGAAGAACAAAUUAUUGCCAAAAAAGUUUAAUAUCGUCGAUGAUUUAAUAACGCCAUUAAAUUUAGGUUCGAGAUAUAUUUUGCAUGCUGUUAUAACAAAGAAAAUCACUAUUGUAUGGUCUGUUGAAAAGAUCAUUCCCUUACCGGCACCAAUAACAAAUCGUAUGCCGAAAGAUGUUGAGGAGUUAUACGAUGCAUGCCAUGGAAUACCUUGGAAGUUUAUAUACUGUCUGGCUUCCAGUAUUGGUGUCAACGUUUGUCCUUUGAAUUGCUUUAUGCACCUGAAAAUAAGCCUGUUAUUGAGUUUAACGAGUGUAAAGGCCCAUGCCGUAAUAGGUACGAGUAUUAUCCAUAUACUAGUAGCUGGAUUCGAUUCUAGGUAUACCCCGGCACUUAUGACUGAAGCUUCGAAACUGGCUGAUAGGCAUGUUUUACUUGGGAUGACUAAUACAGUUCCAUCGACUGCCCUAAUCGGUAGUUCUGGAGGGGUAUGUUUUCUACCGUUACCUCUUCAUAUUUACAGUCACAAGCAAGUAUCCGGAGUUCUGUCAGCGAUAGAAACUGGUGAAAUAAAUAUUGGUACCGGUGUAACAAAGUUGAAAUCAGCAGUUUGGGCACAAGGAAUGGAUUUCAAGAAAAUGAUUCUAUUCAACGUAGCAAGUAUAUUUUCUUAUGUAUGCCGAGGUGAUUUUGGGGAAUACAACGAUGAAAUAGCAGAUUUUGUACUGCAGCAAGCCAUGGACCCAGUUAAAAUUGGCAAAGAAGAAAAAAAAGCGUUGAAAGAUGUGACUGAUUAUAUCGAUUUAAUUUCAGGAAUAGUAGUCAUUUUAGAUGAUAAAACCGAAAAUUUGUUGCGCAGCUAUUUCUUAGCAGCGCGAAAGGAAAAUUCUAGAAGUGCAUGUAUAGGGAGCAUGGUAUCGUUAAUUUCUACUUGCAUGAAUUCUGCAAGGCUUUGUCGUAGAAGGGUAACGAAUAUCGAUGAUGCAGUAUUUGCUAUUUGGUUACACGUCAGUGGCAGCCCUGAGCCACGGUUCGCCCCCGAAGAGUACUUACAGACGCCGGCUGACGUCAGAAAAUUACAAAAAGUUAUGAACAAAUUCAAGGACUGGCUAGAACAAUUUAUUGGCGAUUUUUUGUAA